CUUGUCACUGAAAUACGACUUGCCAUCGCAUUCCCCGCACUCCCAAGAGCUAGACCUGCAACUCGGACCUCAGUAUCCACAACGACUGCAUGUACAGCGAUAACAGGCCUCUCGUGCUCGUAGUCGGCGCAACUGGCCGCACUGGUUGGAGCAUCGCCCAGGGCCUUCUCGCAUCCGGCAACUUCCGUGUGGCCGCGCUCGUCCGGCGAGCUUCUCUUUAUUUCCGCUCCACAGAAGCACUGCGCACGUCCGGGGUCGAGGUCCGCGUGGGGGACGUCAAGGACAGCGUCCAAACGCUGUCGCUGGCCUUGCAGGGCGUCGAUACCUUGAUCAGCGCGAUUCCACGAGCGCUCAUCCCGGAACAGAAGGGACUCUUGGUUGCUGCGAGGAUGGUGGGAGUGCAGCGCGUCAUCCCUUGCGAUUGGAGUACCCCGGGGGCCAGGGGCGUGCGAGAGGUCCUGGAUCAGAAAAUCGCCAUCCACGAGUUCAUCCAGCAGCUCGAGCUCCCGUUCACAUUCAUCGACGUAGGAUGGUGGAUGCAAGCCUACCUGCCACUGCCGCAGCGAAGCGUUGUCCCCGAGCACUGCAGAGCCAACACCGAGACGAUCGUCAGGAGAGGGGAGGCGAAGAACCUCGUGACGGACUACAGACGAAUCGGGAUAUAUGUCGCGCGGAUCAUUGCGGAUCCGCGCACGGUGAACCGGUCGGUGAUCGUGUGGGAGGACGAGGUAAGCCAGAGGCGGGCGCACCAGCUCGCGGAGCGAUAUUCGGGAGAGGCAGAUUUCAUCCGGUCUCGGCGCGUUUUCGUCAGUCGGGAUUACUUCCUCAAGAAAGCGGCGGAGACGAGGAGAAAGAUUGGCCAGGACCCGUCGAAGGCGACACCGGCCGACCACGUUACAUUGUCGUUCAGCGAGGAUAUGCACAGCAUGUACGUGCUGGAGGAGAACACGUUGGGGAACGCCAAGCGGCUCGGGUACCUGGACGUGCGGGAGUUGUAUCCGGAUUUGCCGCGGUACACAUUCAAGCAAUGUGCGAAGGAGUUUUACCGGCUACCGCGACCGGGCGAGGACCACAAGUCGUGUGGAUGAGGAUAUUUGCAUGAGCUAUCGAGAACAUGCCCUUGUACGUCAAAAUUCCUACAUAUUGUGCAUCCCUGAUUUCAGCGCAUCCAGAGUCGUGAGCACACAUGGACCAUUGUGUCAGCAUCGCACGUACUUGGACAUGAUCACGAGGAGUCCGUCUCUGAAGUGUCAUUAGCCUAUCCAGCCUGCUGUCAUGUGCGCCGUGGACCUUGGCCUCCCUACCGCGCAUGACGUUCAUAGUUGAACAAGGUCAUGGCCGCAGUCGAGAUGAGCAAGACCGAGCGGUGUCUUUUUUGGGAUCGCUCCUGUCAAGUCACCGCGCAGUGAUUAAGGUUCUGUCCUUGGGUCCCGCAUACAUGGUAGCUAUCUCCUGAGCCUUACGACCAUCUGGGGAAUACACCCGCAGAUGACGCUAGAUGGCAG